AAAAAAAAAAAAAAAACAAAAGUUUCUCCCAAAAAUAAAAUACAAACAAUAUAUUGAAAGAGAAACUGAGAGUAUCCAUGGAUGUCUCUGGUGAAUUUCACCGAAUAGAAAAAUAUGGUAAACUAUUUUUUGAAUAUCACCAUUCAAAAUACCAUCCCAUACCCCAAAUUCAAAGCUCCUCCUCCAAUAAAAAAUCAUCAACAACCACACAUCUCAAUCUCUUUUCGUAUGUCCAGUUACGCGAUGCCGUGUUGCACUUCGAGACUCACCUGAUAGGUCCACAUUUUCUCCUAUCUUUUCUUCCCCAGAGUAUCUCUUCUCUACAAGAGAUCAUGAUCUUUAUCAUUCACUACUCCCUUUAUUUUGGUGCAACAAUAAAGACUUUGAAAUAGAUGGUGGGUGUGACAUAUGCAAAGGUUUAAAUUUUGGCACUGAUUAUUAUCUUUGUGAUUACUGUAAUGGAAAGUAUCACAAAGAAUGUGUUCAGUCACCACUUAAAAUAAAAUCUCCAUAUCACUUUCAGCAUUCUCUCCAACUCUACUUUUAUUUUCCAAGUGCUCGCAUCAUCGAAUGUUUAGUUUGUGGAAGAACAAUAAGCCGUAUACUAUAUUAUUGUGCCAUUUGUCGAGUUUUCAUGCAUUCAGUAUGUGCCAUGAAAUCCAUAGCCUUUGUUAUAGACCUACCAAAAAGGCAUGACCAUCCUCUCACCUAUUUUCCUAGACAAACUUCCUUAAUUUGCAACGUUUGUGGCUUGUUGAGAAAACUUUAUCCUACCUAUGUAUGUGUCACAUGCAACUUUGUAGCUCAUAACGAUUGUAUGUAUUUUCCUAGUAUCAUCAAAAUAUCACGUCACCGCCAUCGAAUCGCUUACAAAUCUUCACUCCGGUCCGGAGAAUGGUUAUGUGGAGUUUGUCGCCAAAAUAUUGAGAUCCAUUAUGGUGCUUAUAGUUGUGACAAGUGUUGCGAUUAUGUUGUUCAUUCAAUAUGUGCUCUAGGGAAGGAUGUGUGUGAUAGAGAAGAUUUCGAAGGUGUACCAGAAGAAGAUGAUAUAGCACUAGGUGUUGAAUCAUUUUAUGUGAUAUCUGAAGGAGUGAUACUUCAUUUUCUUCAUGACCAUCAUCUCUACCUCAAGGUCAGUAUACUUUAUGAUGAGAAUAAGUUUUGUCAAGCUUGUGUUCUACCUAUCUUUCAAGGUACUAUUUAUUCUUGUAUCAACUGUGAUUUUAUUCUCCAUGAAACAUGCGCAAAAUUUGGCCGCAAAUUACAACAUGCAUUACAUCCUCAUCCACUUACACUGAGGCAUGUGAAUCCAUAUGAAUAUGUUGGCUUCACUUGCGAUGCUUGUGAUCGUUAUUGUGGUGGGUUUAUUUAUGGGUGUCAUUUAAAGGAAUGUGACUUUGAUCUGGAUAUACGAUGUGCUUCAAUAUCUGAACCGGUUGAUUACCAAGGUCAUAAACAUCCCUUGUACUUAGCCUUAAACCCAGAAGAAAAGCCCGGGUCAUCUAAAUAUCGUGUGAUUUCUGAGACUUGA